UAAGAAAUGAGACGUAUUUUCUCGAAUGCAGUCGAUGAGCCAUAUAAUGGGGUUGUUACACCCCGAGUGUAUAAAGUUUGGUGAAAUGAAACUGGCAUCACUAUUUCAUCCUCUUUCGUGCAUAUACAGUAUAUAUAAAGACACGGAUGUUUCUUAGCACCAUCGUUACCACGGCAUUCAAGAAUCUUUCUGUACACACCACCCGAUUCUUGACCGAUCCCCAGCAGUGGGUAUGUGCCACAGCUUUAUGAUGGUUGUUAUCAUCAUCAUUGCCACGCCCCUCCGACGCUGAUCGUAAAGGCGGACGACGUAGCGCGCCCGGCCCAAGACCACAAGGAGACUGCGAGCGCCCGAGCAUGCGAUGACUGCAAGCUUGAGGGCUGUGCCGCAGACGGGGAGAGCACAUGGACCGCACUCGCCGCAGACGAGGAUGAAGCUGGCUGACGCCGCAAAGCGGGCAGAUGCCAUCGGCAGAGCCCAAGCAUGCCUCCGGCCGCAGUCCUCGCUCGAGCUUCGCGGGACGAUCAACUUCUCUGGGCAGAAGCCAGCAGACCUCUUCAUCGCCGAGGUCUCCCAAGGGUCGCGCUCACCGCUCUUUGCCGCUGCCCGGAGCUUCGUCGGGCUCGAGCCCAGCUACCGUCAGACAGCCGCUGUGCCAGCGCCAGUGCUGCGUCCCGAGCGCAACCCGGUGCCAACGACCGCGCGAAGCACCGCGGCAGUUCAACCGACGGCCGGAUGAGGCCAAUCCGUCAGCGGCCAUGGCAAGCGGCGGCGGCCUCUUCAGCGACAGUUCCCUGGUGCGCAGCAGCGCCGGGCCCAGGCUGGCGGCCACGUCGCGGCGGCGCCAGUCCGAACCCAGCCCCAGCAGGCCGCCGCCGCCAGCAGCAGCAUAUCCCCAUCCUCAACCGCGCCAGCAGCCAUCGGCACCUCCACAGCAGGUGCAGCAGGUUCAGGCACCGCGACAAGCACCGCCUCCGCCGCCGACGGCUCAGGCGAUACAGUCUCCGUCACAAAGCCGCUCGGGCACGCUAUUCGCCUUCACCGUCGCCGCUUUCGUACUGCUCUGCAGCGGCGCCAUCAGCGCCUACUACGUGUGGUACAGCCACGGAGAAUUCGCCAGGCAGCGCACGAUGGGAUUCAACAGGUUCGCCGUAGCAGUGCAGAGGCCGCAAGCAGAGACGCCGGCGGAGAUGCAGCCACCGCUGCCAGUCGCACCACCGGCGCCAGUGGGCGAGCAACCGCCGCCGCCGCCGCCGCCGCAGCAGCAGCCAGAGGCAACCACCACGGCUACAACGAAGCGCGAGAUGUAUUUCGGCACGCCGCUUGGUCGUCGUCGCGCGCUCAAGUUGCGCCCCGAAGAUGACACGACGUCGGAGUUGGCGAGCAGGCGGCGCCGCUGUCUGACGCGCUUCUGCCAAGAGCGCAGCGACGCGGUGCUCUCGGCGCUCAACUGGACCAUCGACCCUUGCACGGACUUCGAGGCGUUCACUUGCUCCAGAUGGCAGGCGCCGGCGCCAGCCGAGGCCCUGCUGGCGGAACAAUUGGAGCGCGAGUUAUACCUUUCACUUUCGAGCAAGCUCAAGCCGGAGGUGUGGCGCGUCGAAGGACUGCUCGAGGAGUGCCUGCGCAGUCCUCUGCCGCAGGCGUCUCGGCUACAGCUGCGAGCUCUGUUGCGCGACCUGGGCCUGUACGGUUGGCCCUUUCGCGCCGACGCCCAGAGUCGUGGCGACGUGUGGAAGGCCGCCGCUCUGCUGUUCCGCCACCUGUCCCUGACGCCGCUGCUGGGCGUCACCGUGGCGCCGCACCCGCGAAACGCGUCGCAGCCGCUCGUGACGCUGGACGAGCCAGACAUGCUGCCGGACGCGGCGCACGCGCUGGACGCCGCCUUCAAGCACUACACGCCGGGCCGCUACGUGGAGCUCGCCGAGCGCGUCAGCGACUUUUCCUCGCGGCUGUCGCAGAUCGUGACGGGACGGCGCGCGGCGCGCCUGAGCACGCUGAGGAGCCACGCGUCGUUCGCGCCUUUCUUGGCGCUUGCGCUGGGCGACUUGGUGAGGCUGCAGGAGCGCACACCGUUGCUGGUGCGCUGCGAGCGCUUCGUACGCGCCCUCAAAGCGCUGCUGCACGCGACGCGCAACCGGGACUUGCUCAACUACCUGGGAUACCGGGCGCUCGUCUACGUCUCGCCGUUGCUCACCGAGGAGGCGCGGCCGCUGGCGGCGGCGCGAAUGCUACAGAUCACGGGUCGCCGCCGCUACGGCUGGCCACGCUGGCGCCGCUGCGUCCGUCUCGCCGAGCGCGCCGCGCCCGAGCUGAUGGCGUACGCGCUGGCCCGAGCCGCACAGCUGGACCGGCUGGCCGGGCUGCGGUUCGCUCGAGACCUGGCGGCAGCCGUGAACGAGUCACUGGGAGCCUUCACCUGGCUCGCUGAAGCGGACCGCCGCAACGCGCGAACUUUGCUCGCUGCACUGGACGUACAGGUAUUCUACCCGGCAUGGAUCGGCAACUCGACGCUGCGUGAGGCCUACGACUCGCUCUUCCCCGAGGUGACGCGAGGGAACGUGUUGCAGACCUACCGGGACUUCACGCGCAAAUUGACGGAACGUCGGCUGGCGGCACAGCUUGGCGCCGGUGGCGGCGCCGACGGUCCGUCCGGCAAAAGCGGCGGCAAAAGCGGUGCCGCAUCUGUGCUGGACGCUUCGCUGGGCGCCCCGUGGCCCUGGUCGGCGCUGGACGUGCACGCGGGACUGGACGCGGACGCGCUCAGGGUGUACGUGCCGCCUGCGCUGGUCAACGGCAGCACGCGGGGCGGAGACGCUUGGCUCGCCGCCCAGCUGCCCGCGCAAGGUCCGAGGCUGACGCAGGCGCUCCUGGAGGCUCUUCACGAACGGGCGCACCCGGCGGCGCGCUACCACUGGUCGCUCAAUACCAGCGUCCAGGCUGCCCAGCUGGAGCGGUGCUUGCAGCCCGCCGGCGGCCUGGUGGUGCGGCUGUCGCUGGAGCCCGCGCAGGCGCUCUUCACCCGCUACGUGUCCACAGUGCGCGCGCAGGGCAUCCAGGACGCCGCGUUCCUGGCACCGGGCAACGUCACCUCGGAGCGGCUCUUCUACGUGCUGUUCGCUCUUGGCGGCUGCGGAGACAACGCCGCCAAGGGACGCGUCAACGCGGCGCUGCGCGAGACACCGCAGUUCGCGGCCGCGUGGGACUGCCGGGUGCGCAGUCCCAUGGCGCCCCGGCAGCAGUGCCUUCCGCCACGCGAGACCACUCCGUCCGCGUGAAUAACACCUCCGACGUCGUCGAAGCGCGCGAGCAGACGAAUAGCUCUGGAGACCACCAUAAACUGCGCCUUUAUACUUCAACCCUUCUGGACGAACGCUAUUAUUUCGAAGCAGUUAUCUUCACUGUCGCGAUGCCUGAUCAGCGCAUACAUCCGUCUUCGAACAUAGUCCCAAGUGGCAGCCACGAGUUCGACCAUAUCCACUCGUCCACAAGAUGGAUGCGGUAACCGUCAACAGUGAGCCACACAGUGUACCUCGUAGCGGAUACGGGCUGCGGACUCGUUGCCCGCACACUGUUCGACAUAGUCGCGGCAAGCCACCGCGGACCCUCGCGCGCGUUAUCGCGAAGUGCAAGCCGCUUGAAUGCAGACGAUCGAUCAGUCUCAAGUGAACCUAAGCAAGAAGACACGGGGAACAAUGCAGGCACGCGCGACGACUUCUUUAAGUAAGCGGACAUGCCAUUGAG